AAACUUGUGAAUUUAUUUUGCCAUCGGUAAAUAGCGCCAUCUUCGCCAGGGUACGUUACAUCCAGGACAGUCUCUCAAAAUGGCUGCCCCCAUACGACAUGUCUGUCGAGCUUGUCCAAAUUUACCUUUACUGUUCAUGCGUUCGGAGACAGUCUCCGUCAAGAGUGAAUUCACCGGUCUGUCCAGAUGUCGUUCCUCCGUACAAGGAUGUUGUAGUGUAAAAAAACUCCCUAGCAAUGGGGUAAAUCCAGGGGCGACGCGCGAUAAUCUUCUCGGGCAGCCUCCAAUGUGGUGUCCGCUGAUGGAAAAGUAUUGCUCACUGACCCUAGUGUGUUGGAGUUGUCAAACGCCAUCACCCAAAGAAAAACAGAAAACUAUGUUUUUCUGUGAACAUUGCGAUUCAAUUCAACCAGUUAUAGACGAAGUCAACCACUUCGAAAGGCUAGAAUUUAAGACGUCCUUCGAUGUUGAUAUUGACAAACUUACCAGGAAAUAUAGAGAGUUGCAGUCAAUCCUACAUCCUGAUAAAUAUGGCACAAAAACAUUGGAAGAACAGAAUUAUUCUUCUCAACAGUCAGCCGCAAUCAAUAAAUUAUUUUUGUAG